AUGGCUCCAAUUGAACUGGCCAGCCGCCCGGGAGGCGCCGUGACGAGUCUCUUGCGGCGCGCGGUGCGCAGCUGCGGCUCCGGCUCCGGCUCCGGCUCCGGAUCACACGUCCAUGCGGCCGCGUCUGCGUCGUCACCAGCAUCAGCGCGGUCCUUUGCAAGCGGCAAAUCCCUCCCCCCAACGUACGAAAGGCUCUUCGCCAAGUACACCGACGUGCGCAAGGUCCUGGCCACGCAGCGCCUGACGCUCGCCGAAAAGAUCCUCUACAGCCACCUCGACAAUGUGGAGGAGUCGCUCCUCACAAACACCUCUGGCGGGCGUGACAUCCGCGGCAACGCCAACCUGCGUCUCAAGCCGGACCGCGUCAACAUGCAGGAUGCGUCGGCACAAAUGGCCCUGCUGCAGUUCAUGUCGUGCAAUCUCGAGCGGCCCGCCAUCCCCGCCAGCAUCCACUGCGACCACUUGAUUGUGGGAUCCAGGGGCGCCGGUCAGGACCUCGACGCCGGCAUCGCUGCCAACAGCGAGGUCUUUGAUUUUCUCGAGAGCGCUGCCAGGAAGUACGGCAUGGAGUUCUGGCCCCCUGGCGCCGGCAUCAUCCACCAGACCGUCCUGGAGAACUACGCCUUGCCCGGCCUGAUGAUGCUCGGCACCGACAGCCACUCGCCCAACGCCGGCGGCCUGUGUACCGUGACGAUUGGCGUGGGCGGUGCCGAUGCCGUCGAGGCAUUGGUCGGCGCGCCGUGGGAACUCAAGGCCCCCAGGAUCCUCGGGGUCGAGCUGACGGGCAGGCUGGGCGGCUGGGCGUCGCCCAAGGAUGUGAUUCUGAGACUGGCCGGCGAGCUGACGGUUCGCGGCGGGACGGGCUCCAUCAUCGAGUACUUUGGCGACGGGGUCGAGACCUUGAGUCUCACGGGCCAGUCUACCAUUUGCAACAUGGGGGCCGAGGUUGGCGCCACGACCUCGAUCUUCCCCUACACGCAGGCCUCUGCCCGCUACCUCCACGCGACCCGCCGUGCUCGGGCGGUCGACGACGUCGACGCUCUUCAGAGCUUCCCCGGCCCGGGAGCCUCCGAAGACGCCCGUUUCCGGUUCGAGGCCGAUGCUGGCGCCGAGUACGACCGCGUCAUCAAGAUCGACCUUUCUGAGCUGGAGCCUCACAUCAACGGCCCCUUCACGCCCGAUCUCGCCACCCCGCUGAGCAAGUUCAAGGACGUCGUCAGAGACCAGAAGUGGCCCGAGAAGCUGUCCGCCGGCCUGAUUGGCAGCUGCACCAACAGCUCCUACGAGGACAUGACCCGCGUCGAGAGCCUGCUCAAGGAGGCCGCCGAGGCUGGUCUCAAGCCCGCCGCCGGCUUCUACAUCACGCCCGGCAGCGAACAGAUCCGAGCCACCCUGGAGCGCGACGGCACCCUCGACACCUUGGAGGGAGCGGGCGGCAUCUUGCUGUCCAACGCCUGCGGCCCAUGCAUCGGCCAGUGGAGGCGACAAGACGGCGUCGAAAAGGGCACCUCCAACGCCAUACUGUCCUCGUACAACCGCAACUUCCGCGGCCGCAACGACGGGAACCCCGAGACCAUGAACUUCCUCGCCUCGCCCGAGGUCGUCACCGCCAUGGCCUUUGCCGGCUCAACCACCUUCAACCCCGUCACCGACACCCUCCCGACCCCGUCGGGCAAGCCCUUCAAAUUCUCGCCACCCCACGGCCUCGAAGGGCCCCGGACCCCCUUCGAGUCCGGCCUGCCCUCCCUCGGCGUCCUCUCCCAGGACGCCGACCCGUCGGUGCAGGUGGCCAUCUCCCCGUCCUCGGACCGCCUCGCCUUCCUCGACCCCUUCCCGCCCUUCCCGCAGUCCGAUCUCGCCGGCCUCCGGGUCCUCGUCAAGGUGACGGGCAAAUGCACCACCGACACCAUCUCCGCCGCCGGCCCUUGGCUCAAGUACAAGGGCCACCUACCCAACAUCUCCACCAACACGCUCAACACGGCCGUCAACGCCGAGACCGGCCAGGUCAACGCCGCCUACGACCUCGACGGCUCCAGGCACACCAUCCCCGAGCUGGCGGCGCUCUGGAAAGCCCGCGGACAGGAGUGGCUCGUCGUCGCCGAGCACAACUACGGCGAGGGGUCGGCACGAGAGCACGCCGCGCUGCAGCCGCGCUAUCUCGGCGCCAGGGUCGUCUUGACAAAGAGCUUUGCCAGGAUCCACGAGACCAAUCUGAAAAAGCAGGGCGUUGUGCCGCUGACGUUUGCAAACGAGGCCGACUACGACAAGAUUGCUGCGGGAGACCAAGUCGCCACCGUGGGAUUGUACGACAUGCUGCAGAAUGAGGGCAAGGGCCACGUGCAGCUCAGAGUGAAGAAGGGCACCGGCGAGGACAUUUUGAUCCCCACCAAUCAUGCCGUCACCAGGGACCAGGCUGGCUUCAUCUUGGCCGGCAGUGCGCUGAACUUGCUCUCAAAGGGAAUUUGA